AUGAAAGAACCAAGGCCUAUUUAGGGUUUCCCCAUUUGAUCGAAUAUCAAGAGUCAUUACACACGCACAUCUCACUGUUUCUGCAUCGUCCCCUUGCUUUGCUAUACGAUGGAUGCAACCGAGUCUGUCAAAAUGUGGCAAUGGUUAUGUACUCUUCCUCAGCCUCAGCUCCCAGCCGCAGCUGCAACUGCAACUGCGGCUCCUGAUCCGGCUCAAGUUCAAGCUGGAGCUCCAUCUGCAACUGCGGAUCCGGCUCAGACUACGGCUACGGCUACGACUACUGCUACGGCUACGGCUACGGCUGGGCCUCCUUCUGCCGCAAAGUCCACUCCUUCUGGUCUUUCAGAACACUUGAAGCAUAAGAAUCGGCUACAAGAAUACACCCAGAGGUCUGGAAUUCCACUCCCAAUAUACCGGACUAUCAAUGAAGGAUCCCAGCAUGCACCUCAAUUUAGGUCAAGUGUUUGGAUAGAUGGAGAAAGUUAUACCUCUCCACAUACUUUUUCUCAUCGAAAAGCAGCCGAACAGGAUGUUGCCAAACUUGCGCUAGAGGGCAUAUCACUAAAGAUCAAGGAGGAAGGAUGUCCUCUCAUUUGUGAGGAUACGGUGUUUUGCAAGUCUAUCCUUAAUGAAUUUGCUGGCAAGAUGAAUCUAGAACAGCCUACUUACUGCAUGGUCAGGCGAGAUGGUUUGCUUCCUGCUUUCAUAUCUUCUUUGGUUUUCAAUGGUGUAAGUUACACCGGUGAAGCUGGUAGAAACAAGAAAGAAGCUGAACAAUUGGCAGCACGUGCUGUUAUUGUAUCUCUCCUAGGUAGUUCUGGGUCAGGAACACUUCUUUCUGAGAUAAUCAAGUCCAAACGCAAACUCUAUGCUGCUUUGGAUAAAGUGAAGGACCAAAGCGGUGCCCAUAAGAGUCUUGUAUCCAAGGGAGCAAAUGUGGAACUAAUUAAUGCCAUGCCCCAAGGCGUGAGCAUAGGACAAAUUAGUGUCAUACCUCCAGGGGGAAGCCUAGGACAAAUUAAUGCCAUAUCCGGAGUAAGUGUCGGACAAAUCAGUGCUGCACCGCAGGGAGUAGGCACAGGACAAAUUCCCGGGGUACUUGAUAAAGAUAAGGGAGUUGAAAUGGCUGUUGCUGACAAGAAUGUAUCAAAAGGUUCAAUUCCAGGGGCUUCCUCACUAAUGGUUCCAUUGAGGCAUGAGUUCAAAGCACCAAAACAAGAACAAUCCUCUCGACCAAUCAAUAUAGAACCAUCAUCACAAACAAUCAAUCUUCCAAUUGAGUUUGUGCCUCCUGUUUUACAACAGCCUCUGGGUGAACGUCCUAGUUCUGCAAAAAGGCGCCGCAAGAAUAAGAAAAAACCUAACAAGAAAUUGCGAUCCGACACUCAGUUGCCGGUUGCUGCCUUGCCCCUGACUCAAGCCCCACCUUGUUCUGUAGCCCAAUAAACAUAUAGUAAUCUGUUGUUUAUUGUGUAUAUAUUUAGUUAGGCGUGACUCGAUCCUUCAUCUUGGAUUUUGUUGGACAUUAAUCCCUUGUGCGCAUUGUAGGUAAAAACAAUUUAGUUGUAUCUGACUGUUUUGUGUCCAUGACUAUUGUGAAAACCCUGUCACCAUCAGGUGGUUGCAUUAAUCAUCAUGCUAAUAUUUCUGUUUGGUUCU